GAAUAAUCAGUUUUAAGAAUAUUCAGUGUAGUAAUGAACACGCGCUUUCUGUUUUGAAGUUUGAACCAUUCCAUCUCUUUACUUGAGCAUUUUAACAAACACAUACCCUGCAUCGUCCCAAAUCCACCAAAAUCUAUCCAAAUUUACACACAAACUCAAACCCACCGUCUCUUUCUUCUUCUCUGUUUUUUACGUUUAUGUCCUCCUCCUUCUCUCCCAAUAAUGGCCACGGCGCAAUCGGAUCAGCUUAAGCAACUAAAAGACAUUUUCAUGCGCUUCGACAUGGAUUCCGAUGGCAGUCUGACCCACCUAGAACUCGCCGCCCUGUUGCGGUCUCUAGGGAUCAAGCCUUCCGGCGACCAUCUCCAUGUAUUGCUGGCUAACAUGGACGCAAACGGCAAUGGGUCAAUCGAAUUCGACGAAUUGGUGGACGCAAUCAUGCCUGUCAUGAGUGAACAGAUCUUGGUCAACCAGGAACAGCUGAUUGAGGUUUUUCGAUCCUUCGACAGGGAUGGGAAUGGGUUCAUUACCGCGGCGGAGCUGGCGGGUUCAAUGGCUAAAAUGGGUCACCCCUUAACGUAUCGUGAAUUGUCGGAGAUGAUGAGCGAGGCUGACACAAAUGGAGAUGGUGUUAUUAGUUUUAACGAGUUUUCAACCAUCAUGGCUAAAUCCGCUGCUGAUUUUCUUGGCCUCACAGUUUCAUAGCCUUCACGGGUAUGUCACAUAUAUAUAUAUAUAUAUAUGAAUGGGAGACUCAUGGUCUUAUCUUUCAUUGUAUCAUUUGUUUGAGGAUCUGAAUUUCAAUGAACGGUGAUUGUGGAUGGUUGUUCCUCUCUCAACUAGUAAAUUCUAUGUUCUGUCAUGUAAGACCAAGUGAAUUGUGUAUGUUCUUAUUCCAUCAGAUGUAGUUGCUAACAUCAUCAAUAAAUGUAUGUUUCUUCUUUGCAUUCAACUUUCUUCAAGUUUUAUGAAACAAUAUUUUUAACUUUCUUCA